GCCAACAGUUUCGAUUUCAAGGGAUUCCAAACAGCUUUCGAUCAGCAACAUGAAAGUAUUCCUUGUUUUUGCCGCCGUUGCUGCUCUAGCCUACGCAGCUGCUGUGGGGCUAACGAAUGAAAAGAUCGUCGAAAUUAGGCAGAAGGCUAAGGCCUGUAUCGAACAGGAAGGUAUCACCAAGGAGCAGGCCAAUGCCCUAAAGGCAGGAGACUUCACGGACACCGAUCCCAAGGUGAAGUGCUUCGCCAACUGUUUCCUGGAGAAGUCCGGAUUCGUGAUCAAUGGACAGGUGCAGCCCGCUGUCGUUCUGGCCAAAUUGGGACUGUUGGUCGGUAAGGACCUCGUGAAGGACGUUCAGGCCAAGUGCGAUAGUGUUAUGGGGGCGGAUAAGUGCGACACCAGCUUCCAGCUGUACAAGUGCUACAGAACUAAGUUACCUGCCCAUUUUGAAGAAGAAAUUAAAAAGAUCUAAAUUUAUUCUGAACUGCAAAAUAA